CUUCACCGUCACUUGACAGAGGUCGUGGGUAGAAUUAAUCAUGGCGAAUUGUACCAGUCCCAGCGGCCUGCUAGAUGCCGAGAACGAUAUUGUUGGUCCUGGAGCUCUGGCGGCUUUUUUCAUAACUGCUGCUAUUACUUAUCUGACUGUAAUAUUCGCCUACAUCACAGACACACUGGACAGAGAUCUUAUCAAUCCGUUUGAUGCCAAAGUGGUUGCUAUGACUCGAAAGCUCCUAUUCAGGUCCAAGCCCAGGAACCAGAAUCCGGAAGUGGGUAUCAAAACAACUGCUGCGACCAGACGAGAUCAAAGCGAUGAUGCCUCCAGGAAAGCCCGCAAAGACGCUGUCUCAAACUUCCUAAUCAGCCUGAGUGAUCAGCAACUGGUCACAGGACUUGCCGUCCUGGUCGCAGCCGUCUCUGGGCAGCAAACACUUACAGGAUAUGACUUCUCCGUCGCCACCUGCCUCGGAUGGUUCUCGUGCACGACCCAUCUGACCACCAUCGACGUGCUCUGUGUCCAUUUCCAAAGGCAUCGAGUAAUCAGACAUUUUCGCGUGGCAGGCCUGAUCUGCCUCAUGGGCCUCCUGUCCUAUGCUUUCAUCAGGACAACAUCCAUAACCAUAUUCGAAAUUCCUAUAGACUGUCCUGGGAAUGAACCCUCGCUGCAAUUCUACGUUAUACCGUCUCUCCUCCCCUUGUGGAUUGAUUACUUUAGCGCAGUUCGCAAGAUCUACCUUGGCCCACUUACAAGCUUCUGGGACGUUGCCGAGCUCAGGUCAAGCCGCGAUAAGGAAUCUCGCCGCGACGAGGUUCACACGGAUUCUGCAACCGAUCAAAAAUUCACUUCACGCAUGAAACAGCUCACAGCAACGAAGCACGAGAGUCGGUCUAAGGAGAUCCUGGAUCUUAUUGACAAGCCUCGAGAACAUGCGCGAAGUCGCCUCGGCCUGUUCUUCUAUGACGGAUCAUUCCUGGAGACCUUCCCAGACAUGACAUACAGUUUCUGCUUUGGUAUCGCGCAGGUUGUAGUGUAUAGAUGGGAUUCGCCAGAGCUCUCUGAGGAGUCUACGGAGAUGGGGUUUGGUCAGAUAACGGCAUUGCUGUUGCUCUUUCUUCCUUUCCUAGCGAUCGGCGAGGCAUAUGCCUCAUAUCGCGCAACACGCAAAGACCCUUUGGGAAGUGAAGCAACAGAGGAAGACGAAAAUGGAGUCGCUGGAUAUCUUGACCGAGCCACGCAAGCAUGCUCCCAGACAGGUGCAACAGCCAGCAUAGCAGAAACACCUGAUCAUCGGGGUUCCAAUCAGUACUUUGAGGAAGCCGCGGCUUCUCUACAGCGAGCGACCCAUUCCGAUGAUCACAUCAGCCUGGAGCCCACGCACUCCGGUACCCCGGAGACAUCACGGGGAACGGACGUGGAUCAACAUCUCUCUGACGCGCAGGCUUUUGAGCAUGGCAGGAGCUUAGAAGACGUCAAAGACCUCGACCGUUAUUUCCCAUUGGAAAUGAAAAAGUUGUCCGCCCUAAACCAAAGCCGAGACUUAGCAACAUUAAGGGAGAAUCUGCUCAGCCGCUACAACUUGAUUAAAAACGCAGAGGAUAACAUGACUUUGGGAUGGCCCAUUGCUCUCUUUGGGCUUCACCUUUCAAUUGGUGUUGUCGCAGCUGUCUUUUUUAACUUAUCUGAUUCUCAACUCCAACUCGCUGGUAUCAUCUUGAAUGUGUUUUCGAUCAUUCUUGGAAACAUGAAGACCGUUCGCCAGCUCAUCAGGUUUGUGGAUGGGAAGAAAAGACCACACACCAAAAUAUAGUGAGAAUCCUA